AAUUAGGCAGCUCACUCUGAAAAAGAAUACUUCAUUGAUGAAUUCAUGAGCUUUUCUUGUUGAUUUUGUUGAGUCUUUUAUUUCUACUUUGAGGUUUGAUCUCCAGCGCGAAAUGGCAUUGAGAAUUUUGACGAAAAUCCAACUAGCACUUCUUAAUCAAAUGUUGAAAAAGGGUUUAGUGAAUAAUGAAUUUGAACAUUUGAUGAUUGCUAAGAGGGCACAAAAUCCUCAAUUUGUAAUACAAACAAUUGAGGAAUAUGGUGCUGAAGUGGAGGCUAUUAUGUCGCAGAUGAAAAAUGACAUUGAUAUUCCUGAUGUUGAUUUUUCUCAUUUGGUUGCAUUAUGCGACCUUGUCAGAGAGAAAAGUACAAGGAUUGGUGCUGCGCAAGUGAAUUCUGCAUGUAUGCUUCUCGUUCGUGCUUGUGAGCAAAGAAACAAAAAGAAGUUUUCCCAAACCUUGGAGUUGUUAAGGAAUGAUUUCUCAACUACUCAAAGCCAAUUGGAAGGUUAUGCUCGGAUGGAGAGAAGGAUUAUCAUAGUGCAAAGGGGUCAAGUUGGAAGCUCAAGUUCUUAAAGGAAAAUAUUUCAAAUUAUGUUAUAUGUAUUUUGGAAUAUUUGAGGUCCAUGUGUGUCAUUGUAUUUGGUUCAAGAUAAGAGUUGUUUAUUUACUUCUAUGAUAAGUAUUUCACUAUGGACUUUUAGUUUAUCAUGGUUGACAGAAACUAGUUGCCUUUAUUUAUUCAAACCAACAUGCAACCUAU